AUGCUGCGGGAGAGAGAAACGGUGUAUGAGGACGAGGUGGAGGAGAUGCAGGAGCUUGAGAGCCCGAAGGGGGUGGACCAGGCAUUGAUUAACUCCAAUCUGGGGCUUUUGGAGCAAGGAGCGAUAAACAGUGGAAAAGAGGGAGCGACAGGCCUGGGGGACGGUGCCGAGCGACGAGGGCGGAAAUUCCGGUACUUUGACAUAAUUUCGCACGGCGGCAUGCUCUCCGGCGCCUACAACCUUGCCUCGGUGACGCUAGGCUCUGGAAUCAUUACGCUCCCAUCCGCGUUUAACAGCACAGGCAUUGUGCUCUCCCUGUUUGUUCUCAUCUUCAUCUCCGUGGCGACGGUGUACUCAACCUACAUCUUGGCCGUGGCGGUUGACAAAAGCGGGUUUACGGGAUACGAGAAGCUGGCGCGCGGACUACUCGGGCGUGGGUGGGACUACUGGGCGGCCUUCAACAUGUGGAUGUUUUGCUUCGGGUCGUGCGUGUCUUACGUCAUCUCCAUAGGCGACAUGUUGACCCCCAUCCUAGACGAUCCAUCCGUGACCCCGUUCCUGCGAACAGCCUGGGGAAAACGCUGCCUAGUGAUACUAAUAUGGGCCUGUGUGAUGCUGCCGCUUUCGAUUCCAAAGCAGAUCAAUUCCCUGCGCUACGCCUCAGUCGUUGGCGUCUCCUUCAUGAUGUUUUUUGUUCUCGCCAUCGUGGUGCACGCCGCGCAAGGGUUUGAGCACGGGAGACCACGCCAUGAGCUGAAACUAUUUCGCUCCGGCAACGGCGUUAUCAUUGGAUUCUCGCUCUUUAUUUUUUCCUUUUUGUGCCAAACAAACUGCCUUGAGGUGUACGCGGAAAUGCGAAAGCCAACACCCCGACGCAUCUCAAGGGAUACAGCACUUAGUAUGACUGUGUGCUGCUUCCUCUACAUUCUAGCUGGCUUCUUUGGGUAUGCAGACUUUGGUGAUCGCGUCACAGAUUCAGUUCUGCUUUUUUACAAUGUCCGUGAUGAUCCUAUGAUUGCCGUCGCCUACGCCGGUAUCGCCUUUAAACUUUGCGUCGGAUUUGCCAUGUGCAUGCAGCCCUCGCGAGACUCCUUGUACCACUGCGUUGGGUGCCAUGUUACCACCAUGCCCUUCUGGAAGAAUGCCGUGUGCUGUACCGUGUUGUCUAUCAUUGCUCUUGUGCUCGGGCUGUUUAUUCCAAGCAUCACUAUUGUCUUUGGCCUUGUGGGGAGCCUUUGCGGUGGGUUUUUGGGCUUCAUCCUUCCCGCUCUCUUCUACAUGUACGCUGGGAACUGGACCCGGAAGAGCGUUGGCUGGUUUCACUACCUCGCCACGUAUUUUUUGCUUAUUUCUGGAGUUGUGGCAGUUGUUUUUGGUACGACCGCCUCCAUUUUUGGAGUCAUACAAAACCAUUGA